CGCUACAAGGCGGGCGGCGGAGCUGUCUCCACUCAGGAAAAUCUAUCGAUCGGCUUUUUGGUAUCCGGGACAAGCAACAUCAAUCCUAAGGAUACCACUUUAUUAAUAUCUCGACUACCGACUGAUACAAAUACGUCUUCCAAACAUAUAUCUGAUUUGGUAACUGAUUCGCCAGCAAACAAACUAGCCGCUGAGGGGUUGAGGCGGAUGGAGGUUGAAAGUGAUUAUGAAGAAAUUAUUGCUGCUGAAGCUGAUUCAAGAGCCGACAAAGAGAUUAAACACUAUAGCAAGUUGAAGCGGCCUGGCGCUGGUAUGUAUCUAGGCUCAGAAACAGGGCGACAGCUCAAAGGCACAUUCACUGCUGAAGAGAUUGUAUUAUCACGUGAAAGUUCAAUUGAGAGCUCGCCCGCUCGACAGUUAAGUUCAGGAAAGCGAGGUCGUGGUAAGUGCCCUAAUUGCGAUAUUUCGUUAGUUUUCAUUCAAGUAUAUUAG